CACUGAACAAUCAAAAAAACCCUUAAAAUCGGGUCAGAUGGCGACCCGAUCAACGUGGGACUGAGGCCUAACCACUUCCUUUGAAGUUCCCUAUUUCCCUCCAAAAUCAAGUCAGAGAUGGCUUCCAUCUUUUGGGGGAAACAUGCCGUACACAAUCUAUAGUGUGUUUGUGUUACACUUCUAGUUGAGAUGGCCGGUGACUGGACGCAAGAUCCAAGAUUUAAUCAUUUUUGGAUGAAUUAUAGACAUGGACAAUCUUGGUAUACCAAACAUCAAAUAAGUCUUUUUAGAUCUAAAGUCGUGUCUACUGGCUAUGAAAAUUCAUUUCUGUACUGGCUUUUGGAACAGUCUCAAAAGUUUGGAGCACAAGAUGGUUCUUCUGGAUCUAUUGAGCCAUCAACAUCAUUAACUGAGGUUAGAAAAAAGGAAAGAAAAGCUAAAGAUCAAGAAAUUGAGAUGGAAAUAACAGAGGAAAUGCUUGAGUUUCUCAAAACAUCUAUGAAACAUAAAAAACAGAGAGAUCAUAUAAAUGUGACACAAGAAGUGACAUACAUAAAUGUGGAUGAGAUCCCAGUAGAACAUAGUGCUUCUGAUUCCCAAGAUCAUGUUUCUACUUGCAAUCUAAAUGAAACACACUACAAAGACUAUGUUGAGAUUUAUGGUGCUAAUGCUCCAAGAAUUCAGGCUAUGGAAACGGCUAUACAGCUUAACUUCAGAAGAAAUUGUGAUAGAAAGCAGCCUAAACUGUGGCCAAAUAUGCCUUUGCAGCUAUGAAAAUUAAACUUUCAAAGUUCGUUUGCGAUGGUAUGUAAAAAAUGAUUUCAUAUCCUUUUUGCAAAUUUUUAAGAUGCGUUACAUCUGGCGACCAAUCGUCCUAGCAAAAUUUCUGAAGAACUCUUUCAGUCAAUUCAACGUACUGGUUUACAGUCAAUUUAAAUGCAUACCUGCGAUCACAAAUAAAUCCAUCCAUAAGAGAUGCGAAAGUGAGCCAAAAGAAGAGCGUAAUAAUCUGUCCAACAACAGGCGAAACAAUCUUUUCCUUUUUAAAAAUAAGAAAUCUAAUGGUUCUCUAAUUUUAUUAAAUAAAAAUUAAGCUGUCAAAGGCGCUUGAAAACCUA